GCAAUGACAGUGAUCCAAAAAUAACGUCGACAGCGUCGCGCCUCUGCGAGCGCGCUCUCUUCAGUCGAGGACCAACCGUCGCGAGUUACAGUCGAACGAUCAUAAAUCAGCAGCCAUGGUGUACGAGAGUGACUUCUAUACGACCCGCCGCCCUUACAGGCCCAGCAGCUACAGCACCGUGUCGCCGUUGACGUCAGUAUACUACCUGUCGUCCUACCUACCCUACUAUCACGAACCGUACGUAACGUACAUACCCAAGCUUUCACAGGCUGAGCUGAUAUACAGGCCGACUCCUCGCACUGUCACUCGACUCGUCACUUACCCGGAGGCACCCCACCAUGUAGUGCGUGUACGCGUGCGUCCUUCAGUCGUCCUGCGUGAACUGGACCGCAUCGCGUACCGCCGUCGCCCCGAAUUAUCUAUCUCAGCUGUCGACGACUUCUUCCGAUCUGAAUCCACCAAGGCAUUCGAAGAUGAGACCAGCCGCAUUCGUGCAGACACUGCUGCACUUCUUACCCGUGCACGUUCUGUUGUGCCCCGCGCUAAGACCGUAGCUCCCCUCGACACGAUUUACUCAUAUUCGUACGGGGAGCCGAUCCCGUAUCGUUUCAGCAAUGAGGCCUACCUCGCUAAGCUCGUGGUCCCCCUGCGCAGCGUGGCUGACCACAUCCGCAACAUGUCCUACUACAGCGAACCCGCCAAGAAAUUCACCGGACGCGGUCACCUCGCAUGCGUGCACUACACCGGUAACAAGGCCUUCUCCAACCGUAGGCCACUCUACAAGGAGCUUAGCAUCAGGGACGACGUGAACCUCCUUUCUUUCUAUGCAAAGAACAGACUCGCGGCUGCCGGUUUGGCCGUCGAGAAUGCCACAGUCAAGCUGCUCCCGUGGAGGCCGAGCCGCAAGUUCCAGGUCCCACAAAUGAUGGAGGAUCCGGCCCUAGAACUGAAGGCAGCUAAGGCCGAACGUGAGGCCCGUUUCCGUGCGUCUACUGUUGAGCCUGUCAUGACGCCAGCUACUGACUUAGCAGAAAUAAAGAGGAAGAGGCAAGAGGAAGCUCGGGCUGCCGAAGAAAAGGCAUUAAAGGAAGAAGCUAAACGUGAAGCGGAACGUAAAGCUCAAGCUGAACGAGAAGCAGCAGAGAAAAAGAAGGCAGAAGAAGAAGCCCGCAAGGCGGAAGAAGCUAAACGCAAGGCUGAGGAAGAAGCUAGGCAAGCCGAGGAGGAAGCCCGUAAAGCUGAAGAGGCCCGUCUGGCUGAGGAGGCUCGCCUAGCUGAAGAAGCUCGUUUAGCUGAAGAAGCCAAGCUUGCCGAAGAAGCCCGUAAGGCAGAAGAAGCAAGAUUAGCCGAAGAAGCGAAGAAGGCAGAAGAAGCCCGCCUUGCAGAAGAAGCACGUCUGGCUGAAGAAGCGAGACUCGCAGAGGAAGCUCGCCUGGCUGAGGAAGCGAGGCUAGCUGAAGAGGCCAGGCUCGAAGAGGAGAGACAGGCGGAACAGAGGAGACAAGAAGAGCUCGCUAGGUUAGAAGAGUUGGAAAAACAGGCACAGGAAGAACGUGAGGCCGAACUUGCACGACAGGCAGCUGAAUUAGCCGAGAUUGCGAGACAAGAGUCUGAACUUGCGGCCGCCCGCCUGGAGGAGCUCUCACAGAGUGGUUCUGCUGCUGAUGUUCCUGAGGCUGAUGCCAGUGAACCCGCUGCAGAUGAACCAGAACCUAUUGUAGAAGAGCCCGAAUCUCCUGAAAUCAUCCCUGAAACGCCCGCCGAACCUGAAGCCGAGCAAGCCGGAGACGUCAGCGAGGAUGAGAAAGCGGAACCUGACCUAACCGAUGAAGAGUAAACCACAAUAGAAGCUAAAGAAAUAUUUUUAUAGUUAAGAAUUUUCUGUUAUAUCUGUAUUGUAACGCUAAGCAUGAUUCAUGUGCAUUUUGUUAUAGAUUAGACAUGAAUCAUGUGCUAGCUCAAAGGUGGUUAAGUUCUCCAACUCCUUUCUUCUGCGUAAUAAAAUUACGCAACAAUGAAAGUCAUCCUUCCUUCUGUAUAUGUAUGUUUAGGAAAUCAACCACCG